ACCUAGCCGAUGCACUCAGGAGUAGGGGGACAAAAGGGAAAUAAGCUAAAUAAGUACAUUUUGAAUGAAAACAAAUGUUGCCCAAACAAUGCAAAAGAUUUAAACAAGGCUGAAUAAGGCUAAGAAAAACAAAAGAGGGAAAAGUAAAUAAAACACCUAACAAGUGGCAAACCAUCUAAAAAGAAUAUUUUACAGCAUUAAAUGCUGCGCUGCCACGUGCACAAACAAACGAAACAAAAAUACAAGUUUAGGUCAGUGUACCUUUUACAAUAAGAUGUUGAGCUCAACCUCAAAGUUCAGUGCAGCCAACCCUCAUCUGCCCGACACAGGUCGAAAACAGGACCUGAGGCAUGAAGAUAAUUUAUUCUUAAUAAUAAUAAUAAUAACAGUCUAUAUCUUAUGUGUGACAUGAAUGCGCAAUCUCACCGACUCGCCACGGCAUGUUUCAAAAAGCAUUGGACCAAAACCACAAUGAAAAGCAGCAACAACAAAGGAAGGGAAAAAAACAGAAAAAGCUACCGCAUAUGAGAACCAUAACUGGCUGUUUAUAUCCCAGGAUGAAUAAGUGGCAUUACGGAAGCGGGAGGCGCUGGUGUGGACCUGGACCUACGGUGGUUAAAGGGGGGCAUUUGACUACCUGCUACAUUCAGCUUUGAUGGUUAAGACUGGAUGGUUGGUGGUACAAAUCUAGCCUUUCUCCAUAGAGUUCUCCUUGAUUCAGAUCUCAUUUAGGAGAUUGAGCUGUAUUGUUUCUUCUCGGGAGAGAGAAUAGAGGCAGAAAUUCCUGUUCACAGAAUAAUCAACAGCAGUGUUGGACAAGUUGUAAGUCUUCAACAACAUACCAUACUAUCAGUCUCUGUAGUCCGGGCUCACAGAUCGCAGAGGUGACAGUGAUUUAAAACCAAGCCAGCUGUUUGCUGGAGUGGCUCCACCUUGGUCUGCUAAUUAAUGUGAGCUGCACUGCCUUCUUUAUUUGCUCUAUAACCACACCUUAAAUACAGAGCUGGGUGGAGAGAGAGUCUCAAUAUGAUAGACACUUUAAAUAGGGAGUGACACAUAACAGCUCUUACAAAGCCUGAAAGGAGGUACAUCUGCUCACAGAGAAUCUUGUGGAUUAUUAACAUUUAUUUUGAUCCUUUUUUAAUGCACUCUACACAACUUAUUUACAUUCAGUGACGACCUUGCCAACUGGCCACUGGGAGACUUUGGCUUGCUGCUGUCUGUCUGUCUGUCUGUCUGUCUGUCUGUCUGUCUGUCUGUCUGUCUGUCUGUCUGUCUGUCUGUCUUUCUGUCUGUUUGGUCUGUCUGUCGAUCUAUCUGUCUGUCUGUCUGUCUGUGUGUGUGUGUGUGUGUGUGUGUGUGUGUGUGUGUGUGUGUGUGUGUGUGUGUGUGUGUCCUAGCUGUAGGCUCACCAACAGUAUCAGCUGCACCUGGGCCUGAUGCACUCUUGUCUACAGAGAUCUGCUGGUUUCCCUCAUUGUCCCUCAGCCCGACUGACGCUUGUUGUUGCUUUAGUUCUUGAUCUGCAGUCGAGUUGAAACGUCCCACAGCGAGGUAUCUGGUGCAGCAUGAAAGCCCCCAAAUACCGAUUCUCCUUCUACGCUGGUUUCCUGGUGGGAAUCAUCACGCUGUAUGCUUUCCUGCGGCAGGUGCGGUUUGAGAGCACUUUGUUAUCACAGCAUGGAACAAACCUGAACAAAGUCAGCGAUGACCAGGAACAGCUCAAGGAAGAAAUUAAGAUAUGGAAAAAGGAAAGGUCUGCCCUUUUCAAUCUGGAGCAUCCUCUUCAUACAGGAGAGGAAGGCCGCAUGGCUGAUGAGCUGUACAAAAAGGUCCGUAUUCUUUGCUGGGUGAUGACUGCACCAAGCAACCUGGAGAAGAAGACUCGCCAUGUGAAGUCUACUUGGAGUCGCCACUGUAAUGUUGUGAUUUUCAUGAGUUCUGUGGACGACCCCGAUUUUCCCACGGUGGGCUUGGAAACUAAUGAGGGUCGGGAUCAGUUGUACUGGAAAACAAUCAAGGCAUCCCAUUAUGUCUACGAGCAUCACAUCAACGAGGCGGAUUGGUUCCUCAAGGCAGAUGAUGACACCUAUGUUAUUGUAGAUAACCUGCGUUUAGUUCUCGCCAACCACACACCCGAGGAACCAGUUUACUUUGGCCGAAGAUUUAAGCCCUUCGUAAAGCAGGGCUACAUGAGUGGUGGGGCAGGCUAUGUGUUGAGCAAAGAAGCUCUGCGAAGAUUUGUAGGAGGAUUUAAAACCAAUGUGUGCACUCACACUUCCUCUACAGAGGAUGUUGAAAUGGGACGGUGCAUGGAGAAAGUUGGGGUGUUGGCUGGGGACUCCAGAGACAGUAUGCAAAGGGAGACAUUUCAUCCACUUCUCCCUGAGCAGCACCUAACACAUAAGUUACCAAAGGGCUUCUGGUAUUGGAGCUACUGCUACCACCCCAUCUCAGAGGGUCCAAACUGCUGCUCGGACCUUUCAGUGUCAUUCCACUAUGUUGGUGCUUCACAAAUGUAUUUAAUGGAGUACUACACCUAUCACCUGCGUGCCUUUGGAUACAGUUACCGUUACCAGCCGCCUGCUCCACUUGGCUAUGGUAUUGAGAAAUCUGUGGAAGGGAAAAACAGGCCAGCUCCUCAGGAAAACAGGCGAGGAGACGGGGAGGAUCAAUCCAGGACUGACAAAAGACAGAAUGUAGAUCCCCCUCAAGCAGCUGGUAAAGACCCUCCUGCUGCUCCAUCAGGGUAAAUCAGAAGGAUGUUUGGGUGUGUGAAGGAAACUUAUCGUUAGGUAGAGUGUUUAAAUGUUUGUUAAUUCAUUUUGUUGUUCUUGGCUCAUUGAGGGAAUCAUUUCACUCAUAUUUCUCAGCUGAGGCACUCCUACUUAACAGUUACUGAAGAAUUCCUUCAGGAAUUUAAUUGUUGAUUAUCAGGUUUGUUUGGUUGAGCUAUAAGACAGUGUCUUCUUUAAAAAGGUGGGAACUGCUUUCUGUUAGCUUCAGUCAUUUGAAAAUAAGUGAAGCACUUUUUUUUUUUUAAGUAUCAACUUUCUAUAAGAACCAAGUUUUCUACAAAUCCGACAAAAUUGAUUUAACACGUUUUUUCAAAAGUAUUUUUAAACUAUGACAAAC